GUACAACGACCUCUCCCCCGACCUGUGCGGCCAGGUCAGGUCAGAAUCUGACUUGUAUCCUUCACCGUCUCAAACGGGUCUUUUCCUCAACAACGUAUUGAGUUCAGGAGUUGAUUAUACCCAGCGUCUAGCGGCGUAAAGAUCCAAGGGAAAGCUUCCCUAUUCAGACUCGGGGACUGAGGCAUUUUGCCCCGGCCGGACCCAGUCAAGACAGCUAUUUAGCGUUCGCACAGGAUGUUGCAUCCAUUUCUGGAUGUUAGCAAUUUCAACCUCGUUCUCUCCGUCACAGGCCUCUACAUUCUCCUAUUUGGGUUUAUCUCACUCAAGUUCAAGCAAAGGUGGUACCUUGGUGAAGCUCUGCCUGCCUUUCUCAUUGGGAUUGCAUUUGGGCCGAUCGGUGCCAAAUUCUUGAACGUAUCCCAAUGGGGAGGCAAUGACGACAAUGAGACCAGCGAAAUAGCCUACGGUUUGACACGCCUAGUUAUUGGUGUUCAGUUAGUCAAGGUCGGAUAUGAGCUCCCCAAGAAGUAUUUGAGACAACGCUUGGUGGAGAUGAUCAUCUGCCUACUUCCGUUGAUGACCAUAUCAUGGCUUGCAACCACAGGCUGCGUAAAACUUAUAGUCCCACGUAUAUCCUUUCUUGCGGCACUCAUCAUAAGCGCUUGCGUGACGUGUACGGAUCCUGUUCUAUCCCAGGCAAUAGCGAAAGGGCCUUUCGCUGACAACUAUGUCCGUCGACCACUACGAGAAUUCAUCUCUGCGGAGGCAGGUGGGAAUGAUGGGUUUGGGUUUCCCCUCCUGCUGCUUGGAGUCUCUCUUCUACGAUAUGCCGAAGCCCCGGCCAACACCCUUAGCCUGGAGGAGUUCGACCUGGAACGGGGGUUGCCCGAUGUGCUUGGAACAACUGGGGCGGGGCGCUUCGGCGGCGGCGCUGGUGUCGCGUUAAAGCACUGGGCCAUUGAAGGGGUAUUAUACAUGAUCCUUUUGGGUGCCGCUUACGGUGCCUUUGUAGGGUUUACGUGCCAGAAGCUUUUGGGGAAAGCAUCCCAACGGAGGUGGAUUGAUAAUGAGAGCUUUACAUUGGCUCCCGUGGCAAUUGGGUUGCUCAUUGUUGGCACUUGUGGCUGCUUCGGCUCAGAUGAGACACUUGCUUGCUUUAUUGCCGGGUGCGUCUUGAACUGGAACGGGCUUUACCAUGAAGAGAUUCAAGCUCGACACGACUCGUUUAACACAACUAUUGAAACGACGCUGAAUUUCUCGGCAUUCAUGUUCCUUGGAGCGACCAUGCCAUGGGAAUCGUUCCAACGGCCGCAGGAUACGGGCAUCACGUUGUGGAGGCUGUUUGUACUCGGCUUCAUGAUCCUGGUGUUCCGGCGCAUCCCAGCCAUUCUGGUGGGAUACCGGUUCAUGCCCAAGGUCUGCAGCGACUGGAAGGAGGCGCUGUUCCUGGGGCAUUUCGGGCCGAUCGGUGUCGGCGCAAUUUCAUAUGUGCAGUAUACUCGCCGACUCUUUCCACCCCCCGGCCAAAGCGAUAAAGAGAUCAACAAUAUGACCGCCGCUAUGGUACCAGUUGUCUACUGGCUGGUCCUGUUCUCUAUCGUUGUUCACGGGCUAUCUGUCCCCGCUCUCAACGCCCUCUACAGAGCCUUCAACGUGCCCCGAAUCUACGACCACCCUGUGAGCGUAGUCCUCUUGUCUGAGAACGAACCUCUUCCCAACAACAGCACGGUUGACCCUCAACGCCACUCGAUGAUCAUCAACAACCGGUUUUCACGCCCCUCCGAGAGCGACAGUGAAGAAGAGAGCAAAGAGGAUACGGAAACUAUGCUUAGAUCUAGAGAGGAUAGUCCAGCUGGAAGAAGCAUAGAGCGACUCUCGACGCAGUCCGAGCGAUCAGAGAGAACCGUGAACAUGAGAAACAUGGUGUGAUCUGCUCUCCUACGGCACAAUCCUCGACAGAUCAAUACAAAGCACAAAGGGUCAUUCAUCUCUCAUUCAUUGUCAUCAUCAUCAACACAAGUAACACCACCCCCGACCCCUCACCCACCUAGCCCAUUAUGAAACCAUCCCACGAAACUCCGAAUCCUAUCCCCUCCCUUCAGUUCAACAUCAAGCCUGAGCUUAACUUAAACAGGGCAAGACUACAAACCGAACAUUAGCCACCAUUUCCAACAACCCCCAGAACAAACUCCGAGUCAAGUCAAGUUAACUUACCUUUCCGCAAGAUACACAAGUCUUAGUAUCGCCAGAAAUGGCAGCUCCACAAGAGGGACAAGCAGGGUGACCUCCAGCCAUUUU